AUGGAAAACCCUUGGAUUCUUUUCAACAAAGACCUCUAUUGGGUCUUAUGGUCUAAUUUGCAUGACGUAAUUUUUGAGUUUGUAAUCCGUAACAGCAUUCUGGCAAUAAGAUUCGACCCCGUUACCGACCCCGGUGCACCAACCAGCGAAAUUAACCUUUCGUAUAGCAAAAACCGCCUUAGUGUAUUGCGCCAGCUUCUGGUAACCUUACUCACGCUGCCGAUUUUUAUAGCAUAUCCUCUUGUAAGGUUUAAGGCUUUGGAAAAGGAAAUAAUUCGCAAGCCCUCACCAGGCUUAACGGCCUACCCGGACGAACGCUGGUUUUACAUCAAUGGUGUGAUCACUGAUGUCGGAUGGCUGGACCAAAAUUGUAAAUAUUUGGAAAAACGGUUUGGUAGAGGAGUUGUAGGAAUUCUUAACAGAUCGUACGGUGCUUUCUGGGAUUUGGUGGAAUCCGUCCUCCAGCGAAGCUUUGAUAUCGAAACCAUCUCGGUGCGCUGGGCUGCGUGGAAUAUUCUCCCAUCACUUAGAGAUGAUAAUAUAAAGACUGUCAGAUUGAUUGCUCAUUCGCAGGGUGCUAUCAUAGCACAUUUGGCCAUAAAAAAGUUAUACACCGAACUAAGUUGCACGGGGGAACAGGAUUAUCUCAAGAAACUUGAAGUAUACACAUUUGCAAAUGCAGCGAGAGACUUUCUAAAUCCUGGAAACCUUAUUCGUCGUAUUGAACAUUAUGCAAACAGCCAGGAUCCAGUUUGCAAAAUCGGUGUUCUCGCCCGACUCGACAGUGAUCGGUUCCAGGGUAAAGUUUUUAUCAACGAAAAGAGAAACAAAGGCAAGGGACAUUUUUUCAACUCAUUUUAUAGUCUUGUCGAAAGUGACUACAUACCUGCGAGAUCUAGCAGUGACAUUCCUACGUUAUUGCAAAUGCCCGGACACGUGAGCAAUUUACCCAUACAAAUUGACUAA